UGGUCACCAAUUGUAAUGUGCUGCCUGAAAUCUUUCUCCAGGGGUUCCAUGCGGAUUGGGAAAGACUUUAUCCUGUUCACAAAGAAAAAUAACACCAUGACUUGCCUCCUCUUGUCCCGGACGUUUCAUGAGGAAGAAGGCAUUGAUGAGGUCAUUGUUCCACUGCCCACCUGGAACGUGUGGAACCGAGAGCCUGUGAGUGACAACAUGGAGAAGUUUGCUAUUGAGACAGAGCUAAUUUACAAGUAUUCCCCGUUCACAUCAGAACAGCAAGUGAUGGAGCAGUUCAAUAAGAUCCGUGGUGAGAAAGGCACCCUAGUGAUCAUCUUUAACCUCAAACUGAUGGACAACGGGGAGCCAGAGCUGGAUGUGACUUCUGACCCUCGAGACAUUCGGAUGGCAGAAACUCCUCCAGAGGGAACGAAGCCUGAGCGCCGCUCCUUCCGUGCCUAUGCUGCUGUGCUGUACAUUGAUCCCAGAAUGAGAAUCUUCAUAAAUGGACACAAGGUGCAAACCAAGAGGCUUUCCUGCUGCUUAUACAAGCCAAGGAUGUACAAAUACACUUCAAAUCGUUUCAAGACUCGUGCAGAGCAAGAGGUGAAGAAAGCAGAGCACAUGGCGAGGAUAGCGGAGGAGAAGGCUCGGGAGGCAGAGAGCAAAGCCCGUGCGUUUGAGCUGCGCCUCGGGGGAGACCUUACACGGGAGUCCAGGGUGAUGUUACGUCAGGUGCAGAACUCAGCCAUAACCAUGCGCCGGGAGGCCGACGUCAGGAAGAGGAUUAAAGAAGCAAAGCAGCGGGCACUGAAGGAACCGAAAGAACUGAAUUUUAUUUUUGGUGUGAAUAUUGAGCAGCGUGAGUUGGAUGGCAUGUUCAUUUAUAACUGCAGUCGACUGAUAAAGAUGUAUGAGAAGGUGGGCCCGCAGCUGGAGGGUGGCAUGGCGUGUGGUGGAGUAGUCGGUGUCGUGGAUGUGCCCUAUCUGGUUCUGGAGCCAACUCAUAAUAAACAAGACUUUGCUGAUGCCAAAGAAUUCCGACACUUGUUGAAGGCCAUGGGAGAGCAUUUAGCUCAGUACUGGAAGGAUGUAGCUAUAGCCCAGAAGGGUAUCAUCAAGUUCUGGGAUGAGUUUGGUUAUCUGUCAGCAAACUGGAACCAGCCUCCAUCCAGUGAACUGCGCUACAAACGCCGCAGAGCCAUGGAGAUCCCUACCACCAUCCAGUGCGAUGUAUGCUUGAAAUGGAGGACUCUCCCAUUCCAGCUGAGUUCAGUAGAGAAGAAUUACCCUGAUAGUUGGGUGUGCUCUAUGAAUCCUGAUCCUGAACAAAAUAGGUGUGAAGCUCCAGAGCAGAAGCAAAAAUUACCACUAGGAGCCUUGAAGAAAGACUCAAAAUCACAGGAGGAAAAGCAGAAACAACUGUCAGAGAAAAUCCGCCAGCAGCAGGAAAAACUGGAAGCACUGCAGAAAACCACAACGAUUCGAUCUCAAGCUGACUUAAAGAAGCUGCCUCUGGAAGUGACCACACGGCCUGCAGGGGAGAACACCCAGCCAGUGACUCGAUCUCAGCGCCCACGAUCUCCUCCCUUACCUGACGUCAUCAAGAAUGCUCCCAGCAGACCACCACCACUUACACCUCCUUUCAAGUCUGUCAGUCAGCUGAAAAAGGGUUCUUCAGCUUGGGCAAAUAUUAACACUCCCAGAUUGGCAAGCAUUCUCUCCAAGGAGGAGGCCAGCACUUCCAAGAUGCACCACAAUGCUGUGACAGCCAGAAAAUAUAACAGCACUUCAAAGACUCUUGCCAAACCAACUACACCAACCAAACCCUACUCUGCUGUCCCACAGAGCCCUAGAAGCCCACGUGAGACACCCAACUCAAAAACUGCCAAGAUGUCAACACCAAAGAAAUCUGCCACUGUCAAAUCACCUCAGCCGGACCUUGUUUGCCUCCUUCAGGCCUACACCCCCAGGAAGAGGAGUGUACACACUGUUGAGGAGUUGUCUGAGGAGGAAGUGGAAUGCAAGAAGGAGAGGACAAAACGAGGCAAAUUUGUAGCAGUGAAAGAGGAGAAGAAAGAUCCCAGUGAGGUGGUGGUAGAGCUCACAGACAGUGCAGGGGAGGAAGAUGUGGCAGAACUGAAGGAAGCUCAGAAAGACAAAGGGCUGCACGUGGAGGUCCGUGUGAACAAGGAGUGGUUCACAGGCCGUGUCACAGCUGUGGAAAUAGGCAAACGUGCCACACGCUGGAAGGUGAAGUUUGAUUAUGUUCCUACAGACACCACUCCAAGAGAUCGCUGGGUAGAAAAGGGUAGUGAGGAUGUGAGAUUGAUGAAGCCUCCCUCUCCAGAGUACCAGAGUCCAGACACACAGCAGGAAGAGGAGGUUGUUGUGGCUGAACCUUCUAUCUCAGAAUGUGUUGGAAUUGAACCAGACACUACAGGUCCUAGCAGUGGCCAAGAAACAGUAGACUUACUAGUUCAGAUCCUUCGGAAUUGUUUGCGAUACUUCUUGCCUCCAAAUUUUCCUAUUUCCAAGAAGGAGUUGAGUUCCAUGAGUUCAGAAGGAUUGCUGGCAUUUCCCUUGAAAGACUAUUUCAAACAGUACGAGAUGGGUCUGCAGAACCUGUGCAAUUCAUAUCAGAUCCGUGCUGAUGCCCGGGCCAAAGCCUUCGAAGAAAACCUGCGCAAUACUGAGAGAAAGCUGAAGGAAACAGAGGAGAAACUGCAGAAGCUGAGGACUAACAUUGUGGCUUUGCUGCAGAAGGUGCAGGAGGUGCGUGAACCACAGCACCAUGACCUUCAUCAGACCGAGGACAUUGAUAUUAAUACAGAUGAUGAACUGGAUGCAUAUAUCGAGGACUUGAUCACAAAAGGAGACUGAAUAGCCCCAUUACACAUCCUCAGGAAGUAUAGAAUUGCUGGUUACUUCAAUGGAGAUGUGGAUUCCUGCAGUAGAAGUCUAUAACAGCAGAUGAAAGAAGAGAGCUUGUAGACAGUACUGCCAUUGUUUUGGUGUACAGGUUGUUGUGACUGAAAAAGACAUUUGUGCUUUUGGCAGGAAAGUUUUUAACAUUAUAAUUCUUUGAAUUUCUUUCUUCCUUUUGUUUAUAAAUAUUUAUUUUUAAAAUAAAUGGGAACUGUGCCUGGUAUGAUGGGAGGGUUGCUGUGUGGUUUUAGUCAAGUAAAAGUGUGGGUCCCCUUUUUGCAUCUGAGGAAUAUGUUAAACCUGGAAGACCAGAAUCUCAUGCUUAGCAAGCUGUCUCAUAAGAAUCUGAUAGGAAGUUAAAACUAGGUUUUAAACAGUAGGAGAAGAGGCCAGGGCUUGAGACUUCUCUUGGUGUAGAGAAAAACAGUCAGAGACCUGAGCUACAGAGUAGGGAUCCAAACAGUCUGUGUGGAGGGGAUGCAAUUGUGAGGGUUCUCAAAGCUGAGUGUGGGGGUAGGGAUUGGCAUUUGUGCAGUUGUUGAGUGUAGGGUCUGUGUAAGCAGGUGGAGUUGUCGUGGUGCUGACAGUACAGAGGAUGAGGAUCCUUUAAAGAGAGUAUGGCUGCUCAUGUGGCUCGCAGUGAGUUGCGAUGAUCAGAGGAAGAAAGCUGGAGUUUACGUUCUUUCCUAGCAGUUAUCGCACAUUAUUGCUGCUGCUUCUUUGAGACAUAAUUGCAACAGCAGCAGAGCCCCUUGACCAGCUGAAAAUAAAGUGAUCCUAUGUUCUGUCCUGACUCCCUCAGGUUUGUGUUGCUUUGAUCCACUUGCCAUUCCAGGUAAUUUUAAUCGAAGCACUGGAACUCAGAGCCCUGAACUGCUAAUUUUUGUCUGGCCCUUGGGUCAGCAACAAGGACGUUGCCUUUCCCUUUUGCUCCAAGCUGGAGGCUGAACUGCAGCUCCUUGCAGACCACUUCUUGCACAGACCAUGUGGUUUGAGUUCAUUGGCCAGCUAUCUGCUCAGCUCUGCUCACACAAGAUGAGUACAAAUGAGUCCGUGCUCAGAAACCUCUACAGCCCAACUGCUUAAUGAGUCACAGCUGGACCAAGACGUGCCCACCUCCAGGAACACCAAAUGAACUGCACUGUUGCCAUUCCUUUAUAAGCUGAACGCAUGAUAGAUGUUGCAGGGGGGAAAGCCAGUUCAAAGUAAACAUCUGUUACUAAGCAGCUCUAAGUUCUGCAUACCACAGGAAAAAUAAAAAGCAGAAGAGAGGGAAGAUUGGUUCAUUUACCUGCAUUUCAGAACCUUGUGACAGCAUACAGUCUGAAGCCAAUUGCUUUCAUUCAGGUUGAGGAUCCUCGUGUACUUGAAGGUAAGAAGCAUCCUUCCGUAAAUGCAGGAGCAAACUCCACCAGCUUCUCAAGCUCUUCACGUGUGUUGGAGGUGUGUUAAUGGAGAUUGCACACUGCUGCUCAGGUUUAAAUUUUCUUCAUGGCAUUUCAUCUCUGUUCUCGUACCAAAUAUUUUUGAUCAAGUUAUAUUUCUUCACUGGAGUUACAUUCAUCAGCGCAGCUGAUGUGCAACUGUCUCCUCUCACCUUCAGUUCUGCUAGGAAAAGGAAGCCAAAAACUCUUAGGUGCUAAUAAAACCAUUCUCAAGACCUUCCUGCUAUUUCUUUGCAGCUGUUUCAAUUUUACUCAGAAUCAUGGAACCAUUUGAGUUGGAAGGGACCACUAAAGGCCAUCUGGUCCAACUCUACUGCACUGAACAGGGACACCCACAGCUGAUCAGGUGCUCGGAGUCCCAUCCCCUCACCUUGGGUGUCUGCAGGGACAGGGCAUCCAUGCAAGUGCAAAUACAUGUAUUUAAUAACGAGGCAGGAAAAUAAAUGCUUGAACAUCAA